AUGUCGACAUGCCUGAUGCGGCAACUCGGCGGCGUUGGUCGUGACCCCUUGUGGAGACGGGCGGUGCAAUUGACCCGAAGCAAGGCGGGCAAGACGGCCGAGAAGGGGUCUUUUGGGGUUGGGAUUGUCGAUGGAUCGCAGAGGUGGAAGCAUCAGGCCUCGUUGGGUUGGUCUGUGAAAUCGUCAACGGCUUCGUUAUGCGGUGGUAGGUGGUCUGGCGUGCAGAGUUGGAUAUCUGUGUCAGGUUUCUCAACGGGAGCUGGAACUGGAGCUGCUGCACGUAGACCAUCUCGGCCACUUGUUUUUGGUUCCUCAAGGUACGUAUAA